CCGGUCUCCGGUAGCAACCAGCAGUCAACACGGAGCUCGGACGCGCGAGCGUCACAAUGGGCGGGGAGCGGCGGCGCCGCAGCCAGGUUUUUAAGAAGACCUGAAAGAGCAUCUGCAAAUCAACAAGUCCAAAAUGACUAGCAAGCCCUGCAAGAAGCUUGCCUGGAAUGACUUGGUUACUUCUGAUGUAAAACAUGGAGAACAAGAAAAAACUGAUUCUCACAUUGUGGCCAAGGGAAAAUCUACAGAAAAAGACAUGAAACUUAGGAGAAUUCAGUGGGACUUGGAUGUACAACCUCUCAUUUCAUCUUCUAAGUGGCUUCAACUUUAUGGGCUUAAGAGAAACAAGCUAUCCCUUUCUCAGAUUUUAUCACAAAUUGGAUUUCAGCACAGGGAAGAUUAUGUGUCCACCUUGGGGAAACUCGUGGCUUCACGGUAUGCAGAUGGUCUUUUUCCUCAGUACAUGAGAGCCCAGGAUGGCAGAGUAUAUAAUCUGACCGCCAAAAAGGAGCUAAUUCUUAAUUUUGUGGACUGUCUAAUUGGAGCUAUCGAGCUGUACAAGCAGAGAAUGGAAUGGUUAACCAGUGAAAGCCGGCAGAUAUUUGGAGUGAUUCAGGAACAAUGCAUUGUCAUUGUUUUGGAUUUUGGCGCCACGUCUGGGAUUGAGUUUGAUCGGUGCCGUGAUGCACUUUCUUUGGUCCUCUUGGAACAAGUGACCCACCUUGCCAAAUUUAACCUCAUUCGGGCUGCUCAAGAUCCUAUCAAGUGGCAGCAGAAAGCCGUUCCAGUGACUGAAUGUUUUGUAGAGUUUGCUGUUAACUGGCUCUGGGAGCUUGACCGUACGCCAGCUCUCAGCCACACCAGCUCCACUGAGGCCCUGAUGGAGGCUGUAAGUGAUGAGAUGGUUGAAGCAGUUUAUUAUUUUGCUGUGGGUGAGGUUCCUGAGGAUAUGAAACAUCUACUCCUUCAGAAGUUUUCUGACAGUCCUUUCCCAAUCCAUCCAGUAUCUUUUAAUGCCAGGGAAGAAGAUACUAUUGUUUUCUUGAAGGAGCUGGGUCGCCUGACCUCGGGCAGAUUCCAUGCAUUUGCUGAGAGAACUGAUUAUACAAAUGUCAUCGAACCUGUCAUAAAGAGUGAGGAGGAUGGAGAAAGUCUAACUAGCUGGAAUACAAGAAAAUUGAAAGGAAGGGUGCCUCUAGUUGCUGGUGUCAGAGAAGAUGUCUUUCUGGUCUGGAAGGAAUUGGAAGAGGCCAGGAGUACACUGAGGCAAGUUCAGAGUAUUUUAACAGUGUCCAACCAGCCUAUUUCUGGAGAAGCAUUCAAAACGAAUCAUCCAGUGCCUGAGCCAAAACCUGAGGAUUAUGUAAAUUCAAAAGAUUGGUUGCAGAAAUAUGGCCUGAAAGCUCAGAAGCUAACAUUAUAUGAUGCACUUGCUGACUGUACUUUUCGCCAUGUUGAUGGCAUUGUUGACAUAAAAGCCAAGCCAGAAGAUGAAUCUUUACAAACUGAUGCUGAAACAAAGAAGAAAGUAAUCCACGCAAAAUACUGUGACAAAUUUAUACAUACCUACUGGAAAGAUGGCUCUAUGGUUCAUGUGUAUGUCACUGUGGAAAAGUACAAGCAGUAUGAAGAGAAAAUGAGGAAUGCUCUUCAACAAAUGGAAGGAAGGAUUAAGUGGCUCCAGCGAGGGAGCAGAGGACUCUUUGGCAACGUGCUUGAAGAUCACAUCUGUAUUCUCAUCGAUACAUCUCAGUCUAUGAUAGACAAACUGCCAUUGGUGAAAGAGAAAAUAUUUCAGCUCAUGCAGGAGCAGCUUAGACACAAAAGCAGCUUUAACUUUGUGAAAUUUGAUGCUCAAGCAGCAGCUUGGCAAGACAAACUUGCUGAAGUUAAUGAAGAGAAUUUGCAGGAUGCUUGGCUAUGGAUAAAAGGACUUGAGGUUGGAAGUUCUACCAAUACACUCAGUGCUCUUCAAAUUGCUCUUGCUGAUCAUGAUGCUGAAGCCAUUUAUCUUCUUACGGAUGGGAGGCCUGAUCAGCCACCAAAAUCAAUUUUGGCUCAAGUUCAUCUUCAUCAUAAGGUUCCUAUUCAUACCAUAUCUUUCAACUGUGAUGAUACAGAGGCUAAUAAAUUUUUGCAUGAAUUGUCUACUGAGACAGGUGGACGGUUUCAUUAUUAUAACAUUUAUUUGAGGGAUCCUGAAUCUCCAGAGCCAAUUGUGAGUGAAGAUAUAUGCCUUUUAAAAAGAGAAAUUGAACAGGGGAAGAAAGAUCUAGAGAAAGUGAAGGCUUUCCAUGCUGAAUGUUUGAUGAUAGAUUGGUGUAAUGGAGAAAAAGAGCCUGAAAACAAUCCUCACAAGCAGACUUUUACUACUUCAUCUAUAACCAUGCACAUCCAGGAGCUGAAUGCUUCUCCCACCAGUAGACCACAGUGUACAUUAGAAGAGCCAACAUUGACUGCACACCACCAGAUACUAAAUACAUGGCAAACUUGUAAUGACAGUCCAGCCAUAAGGAAAAAGGCACUGUAUGCAGAACAAACAAAGACUAGUCUGCUCAGAACUCGAGGUUAUGGAAUAAAGUCUUGUAAAGGAAGUCCAGAUGAGAAGAUAUCUCCUGAAAGAAAGGAUUUUCACCUCAAAAACACACUGAACCCUGCAGCCAGUUUUAAAGAAAUGAAUACCCAAAAGGUGACAAAAAGAACAUCUAAAGAUUCUCUAGAUAUCUCUUCAUCUCGUUGGCUAAAGACUCAUGGUUUAGUUGCUAGGCGACUCACCAUAAUGGAUGCCUUAGCCCCCACAGCUGUUCCUCACAGUACUAAAUACAUCCCAGUUCUGGAAAAACAUGUUGUUUCUAAAGUCUUUGAUGAGGUGUUCCCCCUUGCCCACAUUAGUAAUGGCAAGCAACAAAUCACAUUAAUUAAUCCUCAAGCAGUGAAUCUUGAUACUUACAAAGAGAAGCUGGAACAAGCAGUUAAAUUUUAUGAAAGGCGCCUCAAUCUAAUUACUUGGAGAGCACUAUCUCAAGAAGAAAGAGACAAGUUUGAGCAGGACAAGCCAGUCCGCUACAUGGAACAUAAGGAAGCCUUGCUAGAGUCUUUAGAAAAUCUAGGUUGGCCUGUUUCCUAUGAAGAUGUGAUGCUGUUGGAAGAUGAAAUUCUGGCAGGGUUAACAUAUAUCCAACAGGCCUCUGAUCUUCAGGAAGCUGCCAAAAAGGACAUUCAGAGGACCGCUGCUUCACCUGUCAACCACAGUAAAAAGUUUCAGAAUCUUAAAGAAGAGAGUAUAAGGUCACAAACUAAAAAAGGAAAAGUGUUUGAAACGCUCAAAGGCCAAAAGGUGAUUGCAAGAUCAGACCUCACAGGAUUAUAUUUCCCAGGGACAGUGAUGAAAAGUAUCAGUUCCACCCGUGCACUUGUUGACUUCAGCUAUGGAGAGACGCACAUUGUACCAAUUAAAUUCAUUAUUAUUGUGGGGGGUGCUAUGCCUUGCCCAUCUUUGCAGGUUGGGGACUAUGUGUUCUCCAGAACUGGGAUACAGAUGGGAGAUUAUUAUUAUGCACCUGCUGUUGUCAUAGCAACACCAAAUAGAGUUCAAGCAGAUGAUAAACUCUACACAGUUUUGAUGUACAACAAUAGGAAAGAACACUGUAUACGAAGUGGGCUUGUUAAAGUCAGCCAAGCUAAAUAUGCUUCUUCCUGCCGAUAUAUAAAAAUGGCCCAGGUGGUGGAUUACAUGAUCCCAAACAAACAAAUUGUGAAGCCCAUUGAUCAGUUGUCACUGGAAGAAGAAGAAAAGAAAAGAAGUGGAAGGGAAGAUGGAGGGAAAAAGAAAAAAAAAGGGACAACAGAGAGCAGAAGGAAUCCAAGAGAGGAGAUGUCAGACUCAGAGGAACUUUUGUUUAUUCCCAGAAGGAGGGAAGUAAAAGGCAAAGGAAGGAAUUCACUGCCUCAUGACAAAGUUGGAAUUGAAGGUUAAAAGAAGGAUGAAACUGAAGAGAGUGGCCAUGAUUUUGACUGUCCAGCCUUGCUCUAAUCAGAUCUGUGAGCCCUGGUCAUAUGGGAAUCCUACAAAGGAGGUUCUUCAAGCUGCUGUUGAGUAGAGCAUGGUGCAGAGUGGCUUCUUUUUGCUUUUCAGUGCCAUCACAGACCUUAUCUCUCUUCCUUUUUAUUUAUUUUUCUUUACAUACUCAUCUGUCUCAGCAUGGAGUGGAAAAAGGAGGAUCUUGGUCCACAAACAAUUAACAAAAAUAUCUAAUUAGACUGGACCUUUCACUGAUCCCUGCAAGUUUUCAUUCAGUACAUCCCCUGUCUUCAUAUAAAGCUGCAUAGCACUACCCUUUGUUUGCUGUAGUUUAAUCAGUUUUCAAACCAUAUGAUGUGCUUAUAGCCAUGAAACCCAUAUCAAACAUGAUACUAAAACCCAGGCAUACUUUCCAUGUAUUUUAUUUCUUUGAUCUACUAUCUUUAUAACUGUAUCAAGAUGCUGGCAUGACUUUUUUUUUGCCAGGGGGCAGAUCCAGAUCUAGUGUAAAUUAAUGGUUUAUACUAGCUGAUGGCAUGAUCCUAUAUGGCCCCUUACUGCGGCCCCAGUUUUGCAACCCUUACUUGUAUUGGUGAGCAAUUUUUCACACAAGUAGUCCUAUGUAAAUCAGAAUUAUUGCUUGCAGGAUGAGUAUGCAUUAGCUAUGAGUGAGGGUCAUAAAACUGUUCUGUAAAUAAUUCCAUUUUUCCAUUAAUCUCUACAGACCAAAUGUGAGGACAUGUAGGAAGCUAAACAUGCAGAUAGGCCCCUAGUGGAAAUUUCAUGCGUCUGAGUAGAUUAGGCAUUUAACUCGCAAGCCAGAUGCUUAACCUAUGCAAGUGCUUUUUAAAAUCUUACUAGAAAAUCUUACUUCUUCUUCAUUUGGCACUUAAACAUCUUUAAUAUCUAUCCAUCAGACAACAGGCAUGCAGACUCCUUGAUUCAUAUAUUCAAAUGGUCAAUGUGCCUCUUUCCUUCCAUCAUUGGUUAUUUCAAAAUCUUCACUAUUUCUUAAUUGUUGUUGAAGGUAGAUUUUUGAGAGAGUUCAUCAUAUCAAUAUUAGACACAUUUCAGAAUGCUGGCAAAUUCUUUUAACAGUUAAAAACUAGCAAUUUGUAAUAGGCUAUACAUAUUCAACAGCAAUUAGAUAAUGCUUACAUUUUCCAGAUUUCUGAAGGCAGUCUGUUGCAUUUGGAACUGAGUUAUUUAAAAGAUUUGUAGUUCUUUCACAUAUUUCAACUUUAAUAGUUUCUAAUACCUGAAAAAUUGGUUGUCUUUUUACUUACAAAAACAAGUUACUUGACAGUCCUGAUUGUUUGCCUGUAGUGAAGCUAGUGCAUAAUUAUAUGUGUUACUUCACCAUCCUGCUCAUGCUUUUACAGGGUGAGAAAAACAUUUGAAACAAUUACAAAAAAUCCUCUUUUUAUCUUUGGUUAAAUUACUUGCCCUCAGAUAUCCUGCUUUGCUUGCUCGUUUAUGUGGAACGUAAAACUUCUUUAUUCUGAUUUGCUUACAUCAGCAAUUCAUAUGUUAAUUUCAUGCAUGCGUUUUAGCAUUCCAUAGAUUUCAAUGUGAUUACUUGGGUAAGUGCUCUACAAUAUGAAUGAGAGUGACAUAAGAGAGAUCUUAUUACUUCAGCUAGCAGGCACAUUUAUUCAACUGGAAGAAUCUAUACAUGGACUAUUAAUGAAGCCUAAUAUAUCUAUUACUUGUGGGCACAUAGAAAUGUAAGAGACAUGUAUUACAGGAUUAUGAAAUAUAUGUGGAUAUAUGAAUAUGUGUUAGCAAAUGCACUCUUAGCAAAAAUAUUCAUGACUGUUAUCAAGAUGCAUAUAAUCAGUAGCCCAUUUCUGUUGUUCUUAUUCAGGAUAAUGACUGAUAACUUGAAGAAUAAGGACUGCAUGACUGAUGUCCUUAUUCAUGCUCUGUCUUGAUCUGAAGUAUUUCUCUCACUCCCAUGUGUAUCAAAACCUAUAUAUAUCAGAUAAUAUAUUUGUCUUAAUACAUGCUUCUAUCAUUCCUUUUUUAUUUAGUCAUGUAUGUUCAUACAGUACAGUGAAAUACUAGCAAAACUCUCAUUCGUUUCAGUUAGGCCAUUAUUUCAUCCUUCCCGAGACAAGUCUAAUAAAACUAUUUAAUAAUAAACAGUUUACAAAUGUUUAAUUACACAUUUUGAAAAAAAGAAUUCAAGUAACAUGCAGCUAUUCAUAUGUAUUUGUUUCUUUAGAAAAACAUGUUUUUUCUCUUGUCUUUCCACUGCCUCUUCUCUUUCCUACUUAUUGCCCAAUGAUAUCUAGAAUUCUUUGUUUAUGUGAUACAAUUUUCUUGUUAAUUAACUCAAACAGUGACCUUGUUAGUCAUCUUACAGCAAGGGACAAAUAAGAAAUAAGAAAAGGCUUGCAAGCAAGAUAUACAUAGAUGCAUUUUGAAUGCAAUUAUAUAAUGUUGUAGAUGAGGUAUAGGUGAAUUACAGACAAGCAGAGAAAAAUCUUCCAUUUUUUAGUUUGUAGUAAGGCAUGAUUUUGGAGUGAGUAUGGUAACAAUUAUUGUAGCUGCCUAUUUGAACUAGGUAGGAAACCUUUGAGAAUGGUAAUUGUUUUUUCCCCCAUUCCAUUGCAAAUCCAGCUGAUUAAAGUAUGCAAGCCACACACUUGAGAAUGCAGCUGUAACUGGCAAGGAUAGUGCAUGGACUUAUUUUUCCCCCAUUGGGUGUUCAGAUUUCCUGGGAUCCAUUUGUCUCUCUCAUUCUCCAAAUAGCUCAUUCAACCUUUGGAGGAUGCCAUCAUAAUAAAGCAGAGUGCUCCCAUCUGUUGGUCAUGGCUUGUUUAAUAAGUAGUUGAUAUCAAUUUAGCUAUGCUUGCACCCAUCACUUAGUGCAGCUGUGUGUAGUUAAAGGCCUCAAGAGAGGCCUCUAGAUUUGGAUUUUGUUUAUAGGAUGCUGGCAUGUUACAACUUGCUCAAAAAUAGUCUCUCUUCCAGCUUGAGCUUUCUGUUCAUCAAAAAAAUAUGUUAAACUGAUAGUCAUCUAUUUUCCCAUAGAGUGAAAAAUGGAGAUUUGCAAUGGAAGGAAGUAGAGUUGCUAAAGCAAAUGGUAUUUUUAGUCAAUCUCAUUUUUGUCCAGAUUCUAAUAGUAAGAGGCAAGUGGCAUUUUACAAUUCUUGGAGAAGAAACCUGGUCACUUGAUUGUAUUUGUGAAGCUCCGAUGUCAUGUCAUUAUUGCACUGUUAUUUAUAGCAACCCCAUCAAGCUACAAAUGUGGAAAAUAAUAGUACUUUAAAAGCAAGAUAUAGGUUAAGAGCACUGUGCCUAGACAUAGGUGGGAGCAGGAAGCAGUGUUAAUGCCCCACUACAUAGUCUCAUCUUAUCACAGUUCUGAAGUCAAUUGGCUCAUCUGCUUCUGUGAUAAUGUUGCAAUAGUAAAAGUUAUAGGGCUUUUUUGGUUAUGAUUUUAUCUAUUCUUCUGGUGUCUCUCAGAGAUGGAAAGUCAAAUUUUGUCUCAUUAAAAUAGUCCAUGUUCUCCUCUAACUUCUCCAA